GUUCCCGGCCAGGGGAGGCGUGUGCUGCUUCUGCAGCCAGCCAGAGAGGGAGAGGGAUGGAUGUUGGAGGAGGAAUUCGGGCUUAACAAGUGAUUGCUGCUGUCUAGGAUUUUGUUUCUUCUUCUGGGGAACCUUGACUUCCUUUUCCAGUCGAGCGCUUCUGUGCUGAACUCCAGAGGAACCAGGAGCCUUGGGGGUCUUCCCUGGGGCGGCCCCUAUUCCCACCCCUGGGCUCCAGAAGCUAGGACUCUGCUCCUCUGGCCAGGCAACAGAACUUGUUCCGUGGAUAUUUUGGAGCCUCCACCUGCCACACAGGCGUGAUUCCUUCUACCCUCAAGAUCAUUCUUCCCCUCCUCCAGCUGUUGCAGCUUGAGAGUGGAAAAUAAAAACCAACCGGGGGAUUUUCUUUAUUUUUAUUUUGCACCCCUCCUGGGAACGGUGAAGUGCUUCUGCAUGAUUUUAGCUGAAGGAUGUUCUGCAUUUCCUUGAUUUCUAUGGAGACCUCAAAGCUGGGUUUGCCCCUGCUGACACCUCAUCUUGCACAUUCUCUACCUCCCAAGGUCUUUGCCUCUGUCGAUAGCUUGGCAUUGCCCCUGGGUCCAGGAAGCUUGUGAUGAACUUAAGGGUCAAGAGCCUGGAGAAUCAUCCUGAUAGGCCUGAGCGGCGAUGGCUGGACAUACUUCGAGUCUCAUGUUAACAUGGGUCAAGCUGUCACUAGAAGGCAAGUGCUCAGACUAAAGGCUUAUUUGCAUUUUAUUUAAAUUUGAUGGACUGAGCUUUGGACAGUUUCCACGGCAGAAAAAUGUAUUCCAUUUUCUAGGCACAACUGCUGGCUGCCAGAUACUUGCUGCCUUUAAAUCUUGCAGCAUCGGCAUCGACCACAUCCUAAACGUAGUUCCACAUUUGAACAUCUGUCCCAAAACAGGUGUCUGGGAGACCCCAGCAUUUUCUGACUUAGGCUUGAGUGUGCUAGACUGUUUAUCUAGACCAGCCCAGCUCUUCAGAGCAACGUUGAAUCUCUGGGAAGAGAGAGCAUGGGGCGUGCUGAUUUAAAAACAGAAAAUGCAAAGUUGGACUGAAAAUAUCCUUAGUCUUCCAAGCAAUCUGCUUAAGGGUUCCAAACUUACCUUAAUUUGGUGAGAAAAGAAGCUGCCCUAUUUUUCUUUCUUCUACAACUGGAACCAGCCAUUUCCCAAAACCACCACCAUGGAGGUUGCAAUGGUGAGUGCGGAGAGCUCAGGGUGCAACAGUCACAUGCCUUAUGGUUAUGCAGCCCAGGCCCGGGCCCGGGAGCGGGAGAGGCUGGCUCACUCCAGGGCAGCGGCGGCUGCCGCUGUCGCAGCCGCCACGGCUGCUGUGGAAGGCAGCGGGGGUUCUGGAGGGGGCUCCCACCACCACCACCAAUCUCGGGGAUCCUGCACCUCCCACGACCCUCAGAGCAGCCGGGGUAGUCGGAGGAGGCGGCGACAGAGGCCUGAGAAGAAGAAAGUCCACCACCGUCCCAGCAGCUUUCCUCAUUGCUCCGACCUGAUGCCCAGUGGCUCUGAGGAGAAGAUCCUGAGAGAACUGAGUGAGGACGAGGGAGAGGAGGAGGAAGAUGAGGAGGAGGAAGAAGGGAGGUUUUACUACAGCGAAGAUGACCACGGCGAUGAGUGUUCCUACACAGACCUGCUGCCUCAGGACGACGGGGGUGGUGGCUACAGCUCGGUCCGCUACAGUGACUGUUGUGAACGUGUGGUGAUAAAUGUUUCAGGCCUGCGCUUUGAGACCCAGAUGAAAACUCUGGCCCAGUUUCCAGAGACCUUGUUGGGGGACCCUGAGAAGAGGACUCAGUACUUUGACCCUUUGCGUAACGAGUAUUUCUUUGACAGGAACAGGCCCAGCUUUGAUGCCAUCUUAUAUUAUUACCAGUCAGGAGGCCGCCUGAAGAGGCCCGUCAACGUCCCCUUUGAUAUCUUCACUGAGGAGGUGAAGUUCUAUCAGUUGGGAGAGGAGGCCUUGCUCAAGUUUCGGGAGGAUGAGGGCUUUGUGAGAGAGGAGGAAGACAGGGCCUUGCCAGAGAAUGAAUUUAAAAAGCAAAUUUGGCUUCUCUUUGAGUAUCCGGAGAGCUCCAGUCCAGCAAGGGGCAUAGCCAUCGUCUCUGUCUUGGUCAUCUUAAUCUCCAUUGUCAUUUUCUGCCUGGAAACCUUGCCUGAGUUUAGGGACGACAGGGACCUCAUCAUGGCACUGAGUGCGGGCGGGCACAGUGGGCUGCUGAACAACACCUCGGCGCCCCACCCGGAGAACUCAGGGCACACCAUAUUCAACGACCCCUUCUUCAUCGUGGAGACAGUCUGUAUUGUUUGGUUUUCCUUUGAGUUUGUGGUUCGCUGUUUUGCUUGUCCCAGCCAAGCGCUCUUCUUCAAAAACAUCAUGAACAUCAUUGACAUUGUCUCCAUUUUGCCUUACUUCAUUACACUGGGCACCGAUCUGGCCCAGCAACAGGGGGGCGGCAACGGUCAGCAGCAGCAGGCCAUGUCCUUUGCCAUCCUCAGGAUCAUUCGUUUGGUCCGAGUAUUCCGGAUCUUCAAACUCUCCAGGCACUCCAAAGGCCUGCAGAUCCUGGGCCACACCCUAAGAGCCAGCAUGCGGGAACUGGGCCUUCUGAUCUUCUUCCUCUUCAUUGGGGUCAUCCUGUUUUCCAGUGCUGUGUAUUUUGCGGAGGCGGAUGAACCUACGACCCACUUCCAAAGCAUCCCAGAUGCGUUUUGGUGGGCUGUGGUGACCAUGACAACUGUGGGCUAUGGGGACAUGAAGCCCAUCACUGUGGGGGGCAAGAUCGUGGGGUCCCUGUGUGCCAUUGCGGGUGUCUUAACCAUUGCUUUGCCAGUGCCAGUGAUUGUCUCUAACUUUAACUAUUUCUACCACAGAGAGACUGAAAAUGAGGAACAGACACAGCUGACACAGAACGCAGUCAGUUGCCCAUACCUCCCUUCUAAUUUGCUGAAGAAAUUUCGGAGCUCUACUUCUUCUUCCCUGGGGGACAAGUCAGAGUAUCUAGAGAUGGAAGAAGGAGUUAAGGAAUCUCUCUGUGCAAAGGAGGAGAAGUGUCAGGGGAAGGGGGAUGACAGUGAGACAGAUAAAAACAACUGUUCUAACGUGAAGGCUGUGGAGACCGAUGUGUGAAUCUCGUUCUCCACCUGCCACUGCCCCCUCGCCCCGAACCCCAGCAUCUCCAAAUAUAUUUAUGCAUAGAGAGUGCAGUUACGAAAAUGAAAUAUGCAAGUGAAUCCAAUGCAUACAGUAGUACACCAUUUAAUGGUUAUACGUGACAUAAUUGUUACUAAACUUGUAUUACAUAUCAAAUAAAUGAUACAUCUUGGAAAGAGGGAGGCUUAAAUAGGAACAAAUUGAUCUUUAUAUUUUUUAUUAGAAUGCAAGAAUUUUGCACAUUAACUGGAAAAGAAGUUAAAAGUAAAGAUGGUUUCAUGGA